AUGGCAACUGAAGAUGACCCUAAAGACCUCUUCUCUUCAUAUCUAAAUUUCUAUACCAGAUUCAACAUGAUCUCGGCUGCAGCAGCUGAAGCCAUCCGCCGUCCUGUGCCACUUCCAGGUAUGAGUGGCGUGUUCGUAGAAAUUCAACAUGAUUUCGACGGCUACAAUACCGACCGAAGAAUCCCGACGCUCAAUGACAAAGAUGAUGAUAUAGAGACAUUUGAGACAAACGUCGAAAAUGACACCCUUUAUAUCUCUGCACCCUGGACUACCUUUGCAGGGGUCCCGACACUACUCUUGCCACUUAACCCUUUCCCAUAUAACUCCCCCUUUACUCUUAAAGGAAAGUUGGAGAAAGAAAUGGGUCGACAUGUAGUCAGAGGAGGCUUCCGAGUAGGAGCCCCUAAUGCUUGGCUGUUGACAUCCAUUGUCAGCCUGUCAGGUUAUCAUAUCAAAGCCAGGCAAUGCUCUAAACCCUGCCAGGCUAAUGAAUAUCACUACAUCGAUAUGGCCAAGAUGACGUGGCCAGUCCUUUAUGGCCCUAGCGACGUUGGUGGCGAAGUCGUCCUCUCUGAACAGGAAGAAGUACCAGCAUACAAGUGUAAGAUCAAGUUGCCUCAAAUAGACAACAAGUUCUUCGAUAAACAAGUGCCUUACGAGACUUCUAUAUGGGGGCGCGGUAUAUCUUUGUCAGCCAAUAGUGGUCGUAAAGUAGAAGUGAAAGAAUUUCAUGGGGCGGCGGCUUUAUUUAGAGGAAUAAAACUACAUUACAACGUCAAUGAAGAGGUAAGGGAGUUUAGAGCGUUUAUAACUAGAGAUGAACUUGAUUUUCGUCAUGUAAGGAAUGCUCUGUCCCUGUUAGAAGCAGUUUGA